AUGGCCUGGUUGCUGGACGCCUUGACGUUCCUCUUCACCAUCACUCCAGCUAUAUUAAUUCUUUUUCCGUCCCUGCAGCCCUUCCUCUUUCCUGCCGACCCAGCCUCAGCGCUCGCUUCAAAAGAUGAAAACGGGGGUCUCCGUCGUCGCGACUCCCUCACAGGGGCGUCGGAGUCCCAUAAAGGAGAGGCAGCGGAGCGCGAAGCGCAGAAUCUAGUCUGGGAUAUUGCCGAAGUCGCGCUGGAUAGUGCGCGCACGGAAGUUGAUGAUCAAGAGACUCUGGAAGACGCUGCUCAAAAACCGCACGGAAGGAAAGGCAUUGCCCGUGAACGACUCGCUGUUCAGGAGGAUGAAACUGCGCAGCCGAUGAUGGAAAAGGUCUCCAAGGCGUUGGUCCAGGCUAUUCGGGUUAUCAGUGAUGUUACGGAAACAUAUGAACGGUUUUGCAAUCUGCUCUCGCCUACGCCUCCGUUUUAUCUCGUGAAUGCGCGUCUACGGCUGGUGUCGAUGCUAGUUCUAUGGGCGCUGUGCUCGCUAUUCAUCCCCAGCUACUGGCUGAUAAAGAGUACGACGUUUUUGUUCGGGUUGCUCUUCUUCGGAGGCCCGUUAUUCCAAAUAUCGUUCGCCUGGAUGAGUUAUCGCUUUCCUCACUGGAAGGAGGAAUUCGACAUUAAUCAAACACUACUCAAGAACGUCCCAACAAACGCUCAACUCACCCUAACACUACUCCGACUAGGAGAAAUGACCUCUUCGCCACUUCCCCCUCCCCCAGGACCGCUGGAGAAGUUCCCAUCAACAACCAAGUCCCGCGAGAAACCUCUCGUAAUACCCCCCGCCGAGGCACUCGUUCUCGACGCAUCAGGCCUCCCAUUUCCAGGCAUCCUAAAGCUAGUCCGGUUCACAAUCGGGGUUGGGAUCGGACUACGACAGGCAUUCCACCGAGCCAUAGCCGUGGCAGGAAUGCCCCAUCCACCGCACUUGAUCGGACUGCUGAGGAAGAGAGGGUGGGUGUCUGCGGCGGUAGGGCCGUUGAAAUUCAGAGCCCAGUUCGAUCACCAGCGCGGAACAGCUGUGAUUGAUUCCUCGCUUGAGCCGCCAGUUCUUUAUUUUACGACUCAUCAGCCUUCGCGCGUGCAAGACCUAAGACUGUCGCAUCAGCAUAAGGGAUCUAUUCUCUUUCGGAUUCCUGUGCCGGAUAUUGCUGAGUUGAAGAAGACCGAGGAGCUGGGGUGGAAACAGAAGCUUAUUCUUGAGGUUACUGGCGGUGUUAGGUAUUCGGUUGAUGGGUUAAUGGUUUGUGGGAAGGAAAGCGACCAGUGUUUUCAUCUCAUGGCUAUGAAGGAGAGGGACCAGCUGUUCAAUCGUUUAGUGGCUAUGGGAGCGCAGUUCUGGGAGAGUUGUUGA